UCCAGGAAGAAAGUCAAAUAGUAGUCACUACACAGUCAAGCGUAUAUAAACAGCUGACUGCUUCGAGAUUCUCAGUUAUUAUUUGAAUCAGUUUGAAGCAGAAACACUGGUACUAAUUUAAGUCAGUUCUUAAGAAUUCAUUCUCAUUUAGUCCGGCAAGAUGUCAACAGAAGUAAUGCCACAAAUGACCAGCUCGAUGUACUCUCGCGUACUCAGCUACCCAAUGGUGAGCACCGCAGUUGAUCAGGUAGCCAGCAUCUACAAUAUGUCAAAGGAGAAGAGCGGACUCGUUCGCUGUACGUUUGAGGUUGCAGAGAAGUCUGUCGCCUUGGCAGCUGCCACUGCUAAGCCAGUCGUUGAUCGUUGUGAGAAGCCAAUUGCAAUGGUGAAUGGCUAUGCUUGCAAGCAGCUCGACAAGUUGGAAGAGAAGGUUCCAAUCAUUACCGAACCAACAGAUAAGGUUGUGUCAAAGGUUAAGAACGAGACCUGGAAGGUGAUUGACAAUGGCAAAAAAAGCAGCAGCAAUUAUGUCAACUCGUUGAUCGACACUCGUGUCGGUAAUCUGGUAACCAGUGGCGUGGAUACUGCCCUCAUGGUUACAGAGCAUGCUGUUGAUUAUUAUUUGCCAUCAGAUGAUGAGAACAUGGCAAUUGAUCAGGACAGUGAUGAAGCUUCUCGUGACGUGGCUGCACCCCUUCAGCACUGUACAAUUAAGGAGGAGAAUCCCGGUUCAAUCAAGCGUGUAACUACUUUGUCCAGCAAGGUGCACAGACGCCUCUACCAGCGUGCCAUCAAGAGAGUCCGUUACAUCCAGAAGAAAAGUCAAGAAACUAUUGACAAACUUCACUUCACCGUUAAUUUGAUCGAUUAUGCAAAGAAGAACAUUGAUUCGGCCAAUGAGAAUAUCCGUGCUAAUGUCAGGAACACCCAUGAAACUCUGUGGAAGACUUGGAAUGAUUGGACAACAGAUGAGGAGACUGAAAGCAUUCAAGGAGAAGAAACACUGGAAAAUGAAGAGAACCAGGCAGUGGCAGCGGAGAUGAGAACUUUGGCGAUUGCCCGUGUGUUGUCGAAACGUCUGCAAGUCCUCAGUGGUAAUCUAGCAUCCGCAGUUUCUGCUAUGCCCCAGAAUAUCCGCAUGAAGGUUGCAGAAGGUCGGGAUAUGGCCGAGUCGCUGUACCAUACUCUUGAAGAGGUUCAAUAUUUCCGUGACCUUCCGAGCAACGUGUUAUCCUUAGCAAGACAACGUCUGAACUCCUUACAAGAUUUAUCCAUGGAAGUUGGUGACUAUAUCUUAAACUGCAGACCAUUCCAGUGGCUGGUACCCCAACAGGUGAGGACAUGUAAGGAAGAAACAGAGAUCAGCAUGGAUGAUGACAUCCGUGGUUUACCAGCAGAGACGGAGAAAGAGAGUGAUGAAAAAGAAAUUGUAGAGGCUGAUGAUGAUGAGGGUGAGGAUGAAGUGGAUGAAAUUGAUGAUGAGUCCGAAGGGGAUGAAACAAGUGACACGGAAAUAUGACAAUUUGUCAUGAAUGCAUAUUUAGAUGCUGAAAACUACAUGGAUUGCUGUUUGGAAUUGUGUCUGUACCAUGUUUUAGGAAAAAAAUCAACAACCUUAACUCAAGGGGGAGAGGAAACAAGUGUUGUAGUUAGCAUCCCUCAACAACACUGCAUGAAAUUAAGUGCAAAAAUCGGUAUAAGGGUCAGAGAUCAUCACACAGGUGAAUCCUUGCUUCUACAGUAUAAGUUAUGUAGAGGAAUCAACUUUUCCAAUCUAAUUGCCAUAUUUGGAAAGGGUUGAAAUGAGUUUAUUAUUUGUCGAGAAAUUGAUUAGCAGAUAUAAAAAGGAUGAUACUGUAUGAAAGUGAAACCUAUUUGUGAGGAUAUGCCCACUUGUAUCAUGUAAUAAAUAACAUUUAUUUAAAUUUCAUCUCAUCAUAUUUGCGUAUUCAAUCCUCAUUUAACUUAACCACUUUAUUUUGAAAUCGCACUACUUUUUGUACUGGAUUUGAUAACAAAGGUGCAUUGUUUAAAUCUGUAUCUAUGGUGCUCUUGCUAUGGUGUCCUCAUUACUAACUCUUGUUGCCAUGUGAAUGUUGUUAUCUACAUUGUUGAUGAAUAAAUUAUAAACCUUACAGAGAAACCA